ACGAAUUCGGUAAUAAACAUGUUUCUUUAUUGAUUUCUAGGUUAACACCAUUCUCAACAUCAGAAGAGGCCUCUAAGUACGGCCUGGACAUCGUGGUUCAAGAUGACGACCAAACUCUGGUGUCCGACGCAUCGCUCGCUUCUGGCGUCACCAAAUUGCAACCACUAUCACUGUGGGAUCAACUAUCCAAAUCGGUGGUGGUUGAAGGAAAUAAUGAUGUGAACUCGAUUCAUGUCAAGCGGACGUCAAAACGGAAAUGGCCCGGUAGCUUAAAUUGGCGGACAAUGAGUUUCACGAUUUCAAAGUCAGCACGAAUUAGUUUAGUAUCUAGAAACCUUCAAGUACCCAAACUUUAG